UUGUUUUUGUUAUUCAUUGCUUCAAACACCAAAUAACAAAGAAAUAAAAGUAGACAAAUCAAUCAAUCAUUAAAGUCCUUUGUCUCUCGGUGUUCAUAUAGAGGGACAGAGGAAAUGUUCAAAGGAAUGAAAUUUGUCAUGCAUUGUUCUUGAAAACAUGAAGCGAAACAAGAAAGAAAAAAUAAAAUAAAAUAAAAUAAAAAACCUUUAGAAGUGUCAUUCUUUGAUAGAGAAAAUCACAAAGAAAUAUACUUGGUUUGAAAGAGAAAAAAAAAGUUGCAAGAGGUGUUUAAUUGUAAAAGAGAAUUAAGGAAGUUAGAGGAAUGUGGUUACAAAAGAAUCCAUGGGACAAGAAGGAUGGGGUGAAUGGAAUAGUGGCAGUGGCAAUAGAUACAGAUAAAGGGAGUCAAAAUGCACUUAAAUGGGCUAUUGAUCAUCUCCUCACAAAAGGUUCAACUGUUGUUCUCAUCCAUGUCAAUGUUAAAACACCAUCUUCUAUUGCCACUCCAAAAGCAGGGAUGAAUAGUCUUAUUGAUCAGUGUUCAAUGUUGUGCAAAGAUCCUGAUGAUCAAACCAAAGAAAUUUUCCGUCCAUAUCGUGUCUUUUGUGCACGAAAAGAUAUACAAUGCAAGGACAUUGUAUUAGAACAUGGAGAUGUAUCCAAAGCUUUAAUUGAAUAUACUUCUCAAUCAGCAAUUGAGCAUUUGGUUAUAGGCUCUUCAUCCAAAAGUAGUUUUCUCAAGUAUUCCUCUGCCUCCCUUUUUCAUCCCAUCAGAAAAUUCAAGGUAGUAGAUAUUCCAGGAACAGUAUCAAAAGGUGCACCAGAUUUUUGUACAGUAUAUAUUGUUGCUAAAGGAAAAAUUCAUUCCAUGAGAUCUGCUUCAAGAACUGCUCCUGCAUUUUCCCCUUUACAAACUCAACUUAGUCAAGCUAGUUCAAGAUCAGACCAAUCAGACCAUCGUUUGCCACUGGCUAAUAGUGUUAGAGCAAAUGAGAGAAGGUCAUUUGAAGGACCCCGUAGAUCACAAGAAGGGACAGAAUCAUUCAGGUCACCAUUCACUAGGAAACGUCCAGAUGACAAGUCAUAUGGAGACCUUUCUAUGCAAGAUACUGACAUAACCUUUAUAAGCUCAGGAAGACCAAGUACAGAUCGUUUGUUUCCUUCCAUGUAUAACAACAACAAUAACUCAGAGUCAAGCUUUUCAAACCCUAGACUAUCAUAUAGCUCAGAUACAGAUGGAAAUCUUAGCUAUAGCUUUGAAUCAAUGCAUUAUGGAAGAAGGUCUAUUGAUAUUGGCACUCCUGAUUUCUCAUCUUUCUCACAUGACAGUGAUGGACUAUCUUCUUGUGCAUCACAAAAUAUGGAUGAUGUUGAAGCUGAAAUGAGGAGACUGAAGUUGGAGCUAAAGCAAACAAUGGAAAUGUAUAGCACAGCUUGUAAAGAAGCACUCACAGCACAACAAAAGGCGGUUGAACUCCAACGUUGGAAAAUAGAUGAAGAGAGAAGAUUGGAGGAAGCAAGGAUGGCUGAAGAAAAUGCAUUGGCUAUAGCAGAAAAGGAAAAGGCAAAAUCAAAAGCAGCCAUGGAGGCUGCUGAAGCACAAAAGAGGAUUGCAGAACUUGAAGCACAGAAGAGAAUAAAUGCAGAAAUGAAAGCUCUAAGAGAAGCAGAAGAGAAAAGAAAAGUAGUUGAUGCUUUGACAAAUAACGAUGUGAGGUAUAGAAGGUAUGCGAUCGAGGAGAUUGAGGCUGCGACGAAUUUUUUCGCCGAGUCUCUUAAGAUUGGAGAAGGAGGUUAUGGUCCUGUUUAUAAAUGUCUUCUGGACCAUACACCAGUUGCUGUUAAGGUUCUUCGUCCCGAUGCAGCACAAGGAAGGUCGCAAUUUCAACGAGAGGUUGAGGUAUUGAGUUGCAUUAGGCAUCCAAACAUGGUUCUCCUCCUAGGAGCCUGUCCGGAGUAUGGCUGCCUCGUUUACGAGCACAUGGCGAAUGGAAGUUUAGAUGAUUGUCUCUUUUGUAGAGGAGACUCUCCACCAUUACCUUGGCAGUUAAGGUUCAAAAUUGCAGCUGAAAUUGGAACUGGCUUAUUAUUCCUCCACCAAACAAAACCUGAGCCAUUAGUCCAUAGAGACCUUAAACCAGCAAACAUCUUACUUGACAGAAACUAUGUUGCUAAAAUCAGUGAUGUUGGUUUGGCAAGACUAGUACCUCCGUCGGUAGCUGACAACGUGACGCAAUACCGAAUGACAUCGGCUGCCGGAACAUUCUGUUACAUUGAUCCUGAGUAUCAACAGACAGGAAUGUUGGGAGUGAAAUCUGAUAUUUACUCACUUGGGAUAAUUUUCUUGCAAAUUUUGACAGCAAGACCACCAAUGGGAUUAACACAUCAUGUUGGUAAAUCAAUUGAGAAGGGAACAUUUGGUGAGAUGUUGGAUCCAAGAUUGACAGAUUGGCCAGUUGAAGAGGCUUUGGGAUUUGCAGAGAUGGCUAUAAAGUGUGCUGAGUUAAGGAGGAAAGAUAGACCUGAUCUUGGUAAAGAGGUUAUGCCAGAACUUAAUAGGUUAAGAGAACUUGCUGAAAAUAAUGAUAAUCAUUCAUUGUUUAGUGGUUUUAUUAGUCCUUCCACUCAGAGCCAAGUCUCUCUUCAGAUGGAUGGAUCAAGUUCUCCACUUCCUUAUUCUGGGGACAGCACAAGAAAUACAUCAAGCCCCCUAUGAUAGGUCAAGACAAGAACUAUCCAAGUGUAAAGUAUACUUAGGUUAAUUGAUAUGUAUGUAUGUAUUGUAAUGUAUAUAGCAUGCCUUCAUUACUCAAUUUGUGCAUGUGAAUUGAUUUUAUUUAUUUUUUUCAUUAAUUUAGAUUGCAAAAGCAAUAUAGUCAUAGUCUAAGAAUGUUCAGUCAAGUUACACCAAGUCUCUUUAGGGAUUGACUGCCUGUAUAUUUGGGAUAUUUGAAGCCAACCAUGUUACAUUGUAUGUUUGUUAACAUACUAUAACAGUAAAAAAAAUGUACUAUAGUUCUCUCCCUCCCUCUACAUUUUUUAGAUUAGGUUGGGGAAUGAAAAUAGAGACCGAAUAUCCACUUUGUGCCAUUAUGCUACAGACCUUAUGGCAACCUGCUAUGUUUGUGAUGAAA